AUGGCGACAUUCGACGAAGACAAAGCCGAGAUGCUAGAAAAUCUGAAAUAUUUAGAUUAUAUAGAUCGUAUGGAACGAAGAAGCGAUAUAAUAGAAAAUAGGACAGAAAAAAACGGCAGACGAAGUGUGGCUGUAGGAACCAUGACAUCUUCUAGAGGUUUCAUAAUUUUCGUUUUUAUUUUUUCUUGUUUAAAUUUCACUUUAUGCUUCCCUGAUGGAGCACCAGCAGAAGCCUGCGAUUCUCUUCUUCCAAGACAUGCUGGAACAUCUCCAAGCCCAGUUGAAGAAUCACCUUACGUUUUUAUCGCAUCGGAUGAUAAAUAUUCUUUCAAUAAUCCCGAACCCAUUAAAAUACAGAUUUACGGAACUCCUUUCAAAGGAUUUUUGGUAGCAGCUAUCGAUCCGUUGACAGGAGAACGUAUAGGAAACUGGAUGAAAGGAAAAGGCACGGGAACUUUACCUUGUGCUGCAGUAACGCAUUCGGAUGGUAGAGACAAAACGCACGCCGUGUUAUAUUGGUUACCACCUAAGAAUAAAAUGGAAGGAAAUGUCAUUUUUAUGGGCACUAUACUUCAAUCAAAGUCGUUGUACUAUGCAGGACAGAUUGCAAACAUAGCUAAGGAUGAAACUUACCAGACAGAAUAA